GGCAAAGAUGUCGUGUUUACUGUUCUAUAGUCCAUGUAUCGACUGUACUCGCUCUUCAAUCCGGCGUGGGUCCAUCCGAUCUCUAGCUUGCCCGGUAUCUUCCCCGUGGUAACCCAGCCCUGUUCACUGAUAUGUACAUUUCUUUGUCCCUCAUGGUCGCUUUCGUAGGCAGCGCGGAAACUAGACCUAUCGAGAGGUAUAUAGAAGUUAGUAAGGUUUAUCAAGCCCAAUACACCACUCAAAUGACCUUGUGGGAUGGAACGUGGCAUCUGAAUCUGCUUAAUUGUUUAUCUUAUAUGGUCAAUGCUCAUGAGAGUUGGUCACAUGGAGGGUUUUCUUCAUUCGCCGCGGACAAGUUAACAAGACUUGGGAAGGACUAACUUACUACGUACACGACACAUCAAGCGCUCAUCCUGUCGGAGGAGCUCGAGUGAGGAAACUAUGUAUGUACAUGCAUACCAGUCGCUGAUGGGGGAAUUCCUCCCCUUUUGUAUGACGGGGAAUUAUUCCAAACAAACCCCGCAUUCUGACGGUCAAAUCAUAUAAGGUUAUUGCUGACAAAAGAUGUCUUACGUUGCUUGUCUUACAACUUGAAGUCCGCAGAAGGAAAAUUGUCCUUUGAUUGGCCUUGAAUUAUUGAUGGGGGGAGCACGGGGAUGGCGUGCUCUCUCUCUUUUCUCUCAUUC